AUGGCGAAUCUCAUCACUUUGGCCACGUGUUCUCUCAACCAAUGGGUUUUGGAUUGGGAGGGCAACCUGGGGAGAAUCCGCAAGAGUAUCAUCAAGGCCAAGGAAGCCGGAGCUACUCUAAGAACGGGUCCGGAGCUCGAGAUAACUGGCUAUGGCUGUCUUGACCAUUUCCUCGAGGCCGAUGUCUACGAUCAUUCCUUGGAGUCACUGUCCGAGAUCUUGACUGACACUGAGCUCCAUGGUAUUCUCAUUGACGUUGGCCUUCCUAUCAUGCACAGGGGCUGUCGAUAUAAUUGCCGGGCUCUUCUGCUGGAUGGAAAGCUGUUGUGCCUUCGUCCCAAGAUCUACCUUGCGAACGAUGGAAACUUCAGAGAGAACCGAUUCUUCACUCCCUGGAAUAGGCCAAGAUAUGUCGAGCAGUACAACCUUCCGCCUGCUCUGCAGAAGCACCAGGGUGUUCGCCAGGUUCCUAUUGGUGAUGUUAUCAUGUCACUCAAUGACACAACUGUCGCCGCCGAGACGUGCGAGGAACUCUUUACUCCUCAGGCGCCGCAUAUUAAUAUGGCCCUCAACGGCGCGGAAAUCUUCACCAACUCAUCUGGCUCUCACCACACACUGAGAAAACUAGAUCAGCGCAUUGCUCUGAUUUCUGAAGCAACUAGGAAGAGCGGUGGAGUUUAUCUGUACGCUAAUCAAUCUGGUUCCGAUGGAGAUAGGCUACUCUACGAUGGCUCAUCACUCAUUAUGGUCAACGGAGACAUCGUGGCUCAGGGCUCUCAAUUCAGCUUGGAAGAUGUCGAAGUUGUGACCGCAACCGUGGAUCUCCAGGCCGUUCGUGCGUAUCGCUUCGCGCCUUCUCGAAACUUCCAGGCUACGCAAGCGCCUGUGUACGAGAGAAUCGAGGUUGAUUUCAGCCUCUCUAAUGAUGAUCUCGAUCUUGAUUUUCUCAAGGCUCCAACAAAGCCUAUGGCCGCCAGGUAUCAUCUUCCCGAGGAAGAAAUCGCACUUGGACCCGCGUGCUGGCUUUGGGAUUACCUACGGCGGAGCAGGGCGUCCGGUUACUUGGUACCUCUCUCUGGAGGUAUUGACUCCUGCGCGACAGCAACUAUCGUGUUUAGCAUGUGCCGACUUGUCGUUGAGGCGAUCAAGGCUGGCAACGAGGACGUGAUUGCCGACGUCAAGCGAAUUGCUGUAUUUUCGGAUAAGCUGCCUGAAACCCCUGAGGAUUUCUGCAACCAGAUCUUCCACACUGUUUAUAUGGGGAUGGAGAAGCAGAGCAGCAAGGAGACUCGACAGCGCGCCAAGGACCUUGCCGAGCGUAUCGGUAGUUACCACACUGACAUGAACAUUGACGAUACCUUCCACGCUACCAAGAACUUGCUCACUCAAGGCACGGGAUUCGAGCCUAAAUUCAAGGUUCAUGGUGGAUCAGCGACUGAAAACUUGGCCCUUCAGAAUAUCCAGGCACGCAGCCGCAUGGUCAUCGCCUAUUACUACGCUCAGAUGCUACCAACAGUUCGGCAGCGACCAGGAGGAGGAAGCCUGCUUGUUCUAGGAUCCAGCAAUGUUGACGAAUGUCUCCGAGGAUACCUCACAAAGUACGAUUGUAGUAGUGCGGACUUGAACCCUCUGGGUGCUGUUAGCAAAAGGGAUCUCAAGAGUUUCAUUUCAUGGGCGGCCAAGAACUUCGACAUGCCGAUUUUGGAAGAGUUUAUUCAUGCUACACCCACGGCUGAGCUAGAGCCUAUCACCGAAAACUAUGUUCAGUCAGACGAGAUUGAUAUGGGCAUGACCUAUGACGAACUAUCUCGUUUUGGACGACUACGUAAGGAGAGUAAGUUAGGACCUUACGGCAUGUUCCUACGACUUGUCGAAGAAUGGGGCGGAGAGGGCAAACUGAGCCCACGAGAAAUCGCCACCAAGGUGAAGCGUUUCUACCAUUUCCAUUACAUUAACCGCCACAAACAAGCUGUGGCAACACCAGCUGUUCAUGUGGAAGAUUACUCGCCCGACGACCACAGAUUUGACCUUCGCCCUUUGUUCUACCCACCUGCCUUCCAAGGCUGGUCGUUCCAAAAGAUUGACAAGCGGGUGGAGGCUAUUGAGAAGGCUUUAGAGAAGAAGCAGAAGAAGGCUGAAGGCGGUUUGCAAUAG